GCUAGAGACCCAUAAUAUGUAAAACAGACUAACAGAGGCCGCAGAGAGCGAAGAGAUGAGCAACAAGCACGGCGCCCCCAAGCACCAAAACAAAUACGCUUGGAAACCCAAGGCCGGCCACAAGAUCAACGAAACGGAAGUUGGGGGAAAGUUUAGGCCCUUCUCAGAGAUCACGGGGGUUUGUCCACGUUGUAAAGAACAGAUCGAUUGGAAGCGCCGCUACGGCAAGUACAAGCCCCUCGCCGAGCCGGCCAAAUGUCAGCAAUGUUCGAAACGAGCCGUUCGUCAGGCUUACCAUAAUCUCUGUCCUGGUUGUGCGAAGGAGCAAGGUGUCUGUGCAAAGUGUCGUUGCCGUGUGAGCCGUAUAGUUGGAAGAGAUUCUUCGGAAGUCGAGGCCGAGCAAAAGUCGCUCGACGAGGCAAUUAAGAAUGCUCGAGAAAGGGACCGGAGGACUCUGCUACGGGCUAUGAACAGAGAUCAAUCUAAAAGUUCAGAAAAAAUGGCAACUAGCAAAGAAAACAAGGUUGGGGAGUUAUUUCCUGCUGCAUCACUUGAGGAGCAUGCUGAGCUAAGAAGGGAUGAUAACGGUGACGAGGACAAUAAUGAAGAUGAGGACCUAAUUUUGAGUUAAGGAAUACGAACAGCAUCCCAACAGAUAGUUAUAGUUCGUGGGGACCUCUCCCUAGUCCUAAUCACUACAUUAGGUGCUAAAAUAUCAGGUUUUGUUUCUUUGUUGAAUAUGUGCUAAAGUAUCACAUUUACGGAUGAUGUUUCAUUUUUUUCAAGAGUAUAAGUAUGAGUUACUCCUAUUUUGUUUUUC